AUGCCAAUAGAGGCUUUGGGGAUAUAUUUGAGAUGUAUAGAAGAUGGUACUACUGAAAGAAGCAUUUCAGAAGCACCGUUUUUGGGAGAUAUAGAACAACAGUGGCUAUCAGAAAGAACAUUGGCAACACAGUAUUUAUGGAGUAGUAGAAGACAACGGGCAGGGAAAUUAAAGGUGGCCAAGUUAAAAAAGCGUUUGAAUGCCCCGUUGUCAGCUUAUUCAACAUAUUCUCAGCGGCCGUUGUCGACUAAUAGCCGGUUUACUGAAUUUGACAUGGAGGAGUUGAUGGUUGAAAGGAACUUGCGAUACAUUAGAACUGUGGGAUACAAUAGUAUUCGACCUAUAGGCAUAGGUAAAACUAUGCGAGAGUUGGAACAGGAGAAGAAUGGGAGACAGGAAAAUGGACCUCCGUUACAGAAUGCUGUCAACUGUCAACCAGUGCCUGUAGAGAAUCGUGAUGAGUUCCAUGGUACCACCAAUGAGAUAGCAAAUAUGAUUUUUGAUUUGGAUCAAGGCAUUCAAUCCGAACAGGAGGAGAGUUAUAACUAUGAUGAUGAGUUUGAUCGGGUGGAGGAUGUUACGGUGGAACGAAGGCCCACUGAGCAAUUACCUGCUGGUGCAGGCCUCUAUGAGGAAAAUUCGCAACACCAAGAUUCUGCUGCAUAUGUUUCACAAGAGCUGGAUCCACCUGAAGAUGGAAGCGAAUUUACCGAGAUACCGUCGCUGACUAUUUCUGAUACUGUUGUGCUAGAUACUUCAAAUGAGCAAAUUUCUCGAGUUUCUAGUUUGGGUUCUGGACGUCCAGAGGCUGUUGUAGAUAACAUUUACAUAGGUCAAUAG